UAUACACCCUGGCUUGGGGAUGUUGGGGGGUUUGGUGUGGAUUCCAAGGAGUCCGAAAGUCGGAGUUGGGGCCUUAUCUCUGAUGGGGACUAAGAUGCGUCGCGGCGUUGGCGUCCGACAGUCGGGAGUCGAUGUCUUUUCUCUGAGAGGUAAUUGGUGUCACACCGGCAAUCGUUACGUCGGUUUUCAUAGGCCUUGGCAUCGUGUUUUGUGGAUGCGCAAUGGUCCAUAACGUCUUCGUGUGGCAGAGGGAGAAGACGAAUGCCGUGAAGGCGUUAGCGCGCGAACAGUGCGAAGCGGCGGUACAGCUGCAGCGUCAGCAGCAGCUGCAACAGCACCAGAACCAACACCAGCUACAACAGCAACAACAACUACGUGGCCCGUUAACCAUCCACCAUGCUGGCUGCCCAACGAAAGUCGGGCCCGUGACGAACCAACUAAAUACCAGCCACGCAACGCACGGCCGAGCUGCACAGUACCAACACUAUCAUCACCAUCAUCAUCAUCGACACGUGUCAAUGUCUCCACCGCCCUUGUUGCUCUCAUCGCCAGCUCCGAUCGCGGCGACGCACAAUCAUCUGAACGUGAGCGGACACAGAAACGUGGUUACGCCACCGGAUACACCAGCAGAUAGAUCGCCACCGAGUCCUGGAAAUAAGCUAAAUAGAUCGCAGCAUUUGCCACGGGAAGCAACCGGCAGCGUCAGUCCUGGUCUUCCGGCUGCCACAUUGGAUCUAAGUAGCGCAGCAACCACCAAUAGUCCGCAUGAAUUGUCCACGUUAGUUUAGAAAUUUGGUCCGAACAUUAUAUCUUCACAUAGGAUUGGAGAUUAAUAGUUGAUAGUUAAUUUACACAUCGAUCUUUUUAUUUGUAAAUUGGGUCGUGGUUUAGAGUUGGUUUGUAAAAAUUCGGUCCUAAUUGUUAAAUGAUGAAUAUUGAUUAAGAAUAAUAGGCAUUGAUGUACCAAUCUUUUUGUAACUUAUAUACUUGAGCACACGCAUUGGAGAUUUCACUUUUAUUCAGUGAAACAGCAACUUCAUUACUCGCUUAUUCAAUACGGCAAUUGCAUAUAUUUCAUGGACAUUUUAACAAUGUUUUGAAUAAUUUCUAACGGUACAAUUGUGAUGAAGUGAAAAAAAUCGUGAUAAGAAACAGAGAGAAAAGUUGCUCGUUAAUGAAUAUUGACCAGAAAUAAAGUAAUUUCUAAAGAAUAUCCCGAAGACGUCGUAGAUAUUACGAAAGGCAUGAUUAAUUUAUACCCGCGUGUAUCUUGCCAUUACCAUACUAUUAUUAUUAUUAUUAAUAUUGUUAGUAGUACUCGAUUACAUUAUUAUUAAUAUUAAUAUUAUUGCCUUAUUAUUAUUAAUGUUAUGGAACCUCUAGUCCUAGGUUACUUUCGCUGCCACGAAAGGAUAAGAUUUUCGAAUUUUUGACUAUUACGUGUAAUUCAAGUUUUCCUGUUGCGCAUGCGCAGUAGAAACAAAGU